UUCCCGGAGCCGCCCCGUCCCUUCCUGCCGCCUCCGGAAGCGGCUGCAGCGCCCGGCAUGCCGGAGGCCGCCGGGGGUGUCGCCAGGCUGGGCGGCAGCGGGAGCGGCGCGUAGGGCCGGGCUCAGCGCCAUGCCCAAGUACUACGAGGACAAGGAGGAGGACGGGCGCGCCUGCGGCGGCGUGCGGGAGGACCUGCGGCAGUGCCUCCUGGAGAGCCCCUGCGUGCUGCAGGAAAACAAAAGCCCUAAACAAUGCUUGAGGGAAGGACACUGUAGGAGUUUGCAAGUGACAUUCUUUGCAUGCAAAAGAUCAAUGUUGGAUACCAGGGCAAGAUUCAGAGGAAGGAAGGGAUACUGAAGUCUUCAUCAAGAGAGCUAACCAUGGGAAUUCAGGGUUCAUCAGCACUUUACAAAAAACAGAGACUAAAGUAAGAAGAUUGUACCUGCUAUAUCCUUUCAUGCAGUGUUUUUGUGGAAGAUACCUGCUCCUGAGUAUUCUGAUAGAUUGACCUGGAUGUGCAUUUAAAUUUUAAAAAGAAGGCAAUCCUAAAGCUGCAAGUUAUGGCCAAAAUGGGUACCUGUCAUGUAUUUGAAAUAAAAUAUGUGAAAUCCAGAAUAAGUUGCAGAAUUUAUCAUUCUGUUUUGAAGUGAAGUUGUUUUCUGUGACUUUACUGUGAAUUCCGUUCAAGCUUUGCUAUUACAAAUAAUAGAAGAUAUGGAACUGGGAGUUCACUUGAUGUGUUGAGGAGGAAUUUUCUUAGCAGACUGGUAUCCCAGAGGAUAUCUCAAGACAGAACUGUUUUCAGAGGUGAGAAGUUGAUCAAGGUUGUAAAAUGUAUGUGCAAGUUGCUUCCUCCCCAGUAGGUUUGCUGCCCAGUAAAUCUGCACUAAUAGAUGGGAGUGAUGCUGUUUUUCAUUCCCACACUGAUAAGGAAGUAGGAUUUAUGGGUGUAACAGUGCUUAAACUGUGACAAUGGUCAACAUUAACUGGUUCUGAUUCAGAACUUUUUUCCAAAGGAAUAUUUGUUUUUAUUUCUUUCAAUAUCUUUCCAUCAUUCCCUGCCUUUUAGAAGCCUUUAAAAAAUAAAUGGUAAUGUAACUUUUACAAGUGGAAACUCAAAUAACUUCAGACAAGGUGAUUAGAAACAAGAUUAGGAAACAGUGAGAGGAGAGAGUGUCAUAGUAACUUCUUGGCUGAAGCUUAUAGCCAGGUGUCUGAUUUACAUUUAGUCUGAACAGAUGCAUGAAACACUUACUGUUUGUAAAAGUGAUUACUUCAGUGAAUGAGUGCAUGUUGAUUAUUUAAUUCUGUCUGUCUUAAGCAACUGUUCUGUGAUCAAAGAAUGUUUAUAUUCCUUGUAUGUGUACGACCUUAUUUUUGCAGUUAUAAAUCAACAUUGAUUUCA